GCCCCGUUCCUCAAACACACUCCUAUAGGCAGAACACACGAGUUUCUUCGCCAACCACAUGUGAAAGUAACCUGUAUCGUCGUCUACAACUAAAUUAUCAAUAUUUAGCACGCGAUUUCCUCCUUCGUGUCCUUCGCGAUAAUUUUGUAGCAAAUCCUCUUCUCUCGAACAGGUUUAGCUGUACAAAAGACAUCCAGCAACAUGUCUUUCGAUGAAACAUCGGCCGAUCGCAAUGUGGAGAUUUGGAAGAUCAAAAAGCUCAUUAAAAGCUUGGAAAUGGCCAGAGGUAAUGGAACGAGUAUGAUUUCUUUAAUCAUACCUCCUAAGGAUCAAAUCAGUCGCGUAAGCAAGAUGCUUGCCGAUGAGUUUGGAACCGCAUCAAAUAUUAAAUCCCGUGUAAACCGUCUAUCUGUUCUCGGCGCAAUUACGUCUGUUCAACACAGAUUAAAACUAUACACCAAAGUGCCUCCAAAUGGAUUAGUCAUUUACUGUGGUACAAUCGUGACUGAAGAGGGAAAGGAAAAAAAGGUUAACAUCGAUUUUGAACCGUUCAAACCAAUCAAUACCUCCCUUUAUUUAUGUGACAACAAAUUUCACACUGAAGCACUAACUGCACUUCUGGCCGAUGACAAUAAGUUCGGCUUUAUUGUUAUGGAUGGUAAUGGAGCUCUGUUUGGCACGCUGCAGGGAAACACUCGUGAGGUGCUUCAUAAAUUUACAGUCGACCUACCGAAAAAGCAUGGGCGUGGUGGACAGUCGGCGUUGCGUUUUGCAAGAUUGCGAAUGGAAAAACGUCACAAUUACGUACGAAAAGUAGCUGAGGUUGCAACACAACUGUUCAUUACCAAUGAUAAACCCAACAUUGCCGGAUUGAUUUUGGCCGGUAGUGCAGACUUUAAAACUGAGCUUAGCCAGUCUGAUAUGUUCGAUCCAAGAUUGCAAUCAAAAGUUAUAAAACUUGUUGAUGUGUCUUAUGGAGGAGAGAAUGGUUUUAAUCAGGCAAUUGAGCUAGCAGCUGAGUCUUUACAAAAUGUUAAAUUUAUUCAAGAAAAAAAACUUAUUGGUAGAUAUUUUGAUGAAAUAUCUCAGGAUACUGGUAAAUACUGCUUUGGUGUGGAAGAUACUCUUAAGGCCCUGGAGUUAGGAUCUGUAGAAACACUUAUAUGCUGGGAAAAUCUGGAUAUUCAGCGUUACGUUUUAAAGAAUCAUGCUAGCGCAACGUCUACGACAGUAUUACACUUAACACCCGAGCAAGAAAAGGACAAAUCUCAUUUCACUGAUAAAGAGAGUGGCGUUGAGAUGGAAUUAGUCGAAUCGCAACCUCUGCUUGAAUGGUUAGCGAACAACUAUAAAUGUUUUGGGGCUACGUUGGAAAUUAUUACGGAUAAAUCACAAGAAGGUAGUCAAUUUGUACGUGGUUUCGGAGGAAUAGGAGGAAUUCUCCGUUAUAAAGUGGAUUUCCAAUCCUUACAAGCAGAUGAACCAUUGGAUGAUGUUGAUUUGGAUGAUUAUUAAUUUGUUUAUCAUUCAUAGUCUAUUUAUUACAAGCAUACACUAUAUGCUCAUCAUAAUUGCACUACGAAGAAUUACAAAAGGAUGUCCUUUAUUUAUUUAUCUUAUAUUUUUUUAACGUAUCGAUCAAUUUGGUGAUCGAUGCCUUAUAUUGGCUUUAAAGCUUAGUAAUAUGUCUAUACAUUUGUGCCAUUCAGUUCUUGCUACGCGGUUUAACUCAUAAUUGAUGGUUCAAUAUCAAAAAUAUUAUAUUACUGCCAUUUGAGCUAAGGUAGUUUUUUUAAAUCUCAAAACAUAUUUUAUUUUUUCAUUUAUUAGCUUGUAGUGUAUUAAUCAUGUGAAUCAUUGUGAUCAUUACAAUGUGAAUGGAUUGCAAUUGCUGUUUUUUUUUAAUCAUACAGUUUUUAGCGCAUGCGUUAUGGUGAUUAUGGUAUAUGGUAUUUUUUUUACAAAAAAAGUAUUAUUAUGUUGUUUUUUGCUACUCGUUUUGCUUCACAUUCUCUAUCUAAUUUGUUUCUUACUGUAGUAAAUUUCAAUAUUUUUUUACAUUUGGAUAGCAAUAUCCUAAUCUAUAUAAUAUAAGCUCAGGUAGCGCGGAUUUUGAUUUUCGCGCGGAAUUUUCGUUUGGUGCCGAUUUCGCGCGGUUCUACUAUUCAUUUACGUGGAUUUUGCGGAAAUGAGAUAAUAACCUAUACAUUAUAUUUCGUUAUGAUUCCUUCUGUGUCAAACACCCCAGAAUCGAAAUCGAUAAACUUGCGUUCUAAAAAUUUACAUUAGCACGAUGAACGAAACAUAAUUAAUCUCUAGGAUUUAAUUCAACUCCAGCUUUGUAUAUGAUACUAAACGUGAUAGUGAGUGGCAGUCAAAGUGUGAAUGAGCGGAAUGAGAAAGCUGAUUUUGUUUAAAUGCAAUUCGAUGCAAAACAUGACUUAAUACAUACCAUUCAAAAUA